AUGAUCGUAUCCGGUUACUUGGGUCGUCAAAUAGUACCAGAGAUCGAAGCAUUGCCACAACUGGAAGCAAUUUAUGUGUUUUGUGGCAACCAAUCGGUUCAUGAACAAUGGGCUAAAAAAAUAAGCAAGGUUAAGGGUGUAUAUACUAAAAUAGAACCAAUUUGUCAAGCACUUGAAAUCGAUCGACAACGAUGUGAUCAAGCUAUGAUCCCGAUCAGCUUUAAUGGUCGCGAUGCAUUAUUUAUGUAUACACAACUUUUAAAAGAAGCGCUUUUGGAAAUUGAAGAUGACGAUGUCAAAUCGAUUAAAGAUCUCGUAGAAUACUGUCGUCUGCAAAAUGAUAUUGAUAAAGGUCAAAUUAGGAAGGUCGAAAAUGAAUAUCGUGAUCAUACACCAAUAUGGUGGUAUACAGCGGAGACAUUUAUUUAUCCAAUGCUCAAUCGUGGACUCCGACAAAUGGAUGUUGACAUCAUCCUUAAAAUGGGCUUUUUCAUCCGCCAUUUACAUCAACAUAUUAAAGAAUUACAUUGUGAACAACAAGGGAACAUGCCAACAAAUUUUCAAGUCUUCCGUGGACAAGGUUUGUCCAUGGAAGAUUUUGAAAAAAUGAAAAAAACCAAAGGGGGACUUAUGUCCUUUAAUAAUUUCUUAUCAACAAGUCGCAAUCGUGAGAUAUCUUUCAAAAACUUCGCACGACCAGCAGCAUUAAAUACAAAUUCAGUUGGCAUCCUUUUCAUUAUGAAUAUUGACACGGCUAUUUGCACAAAAUCAUCGACACCAUUUGCUGCAGUAAGCAAAGUUGGCUACUACAAAGAUAAAGAGGAAGAAAUACUAUUUUCAACACAUGCGAUUUUUCGUAUCGAUCGCAUUGAACGAAUUCACGAUAAUCACUCUGAUAGGCUAUACGAAGUUAAUCUCACUAUUGUGGGUAAUGACAAUCAUGAAUUGAACACACUUACUGCACAUAUACGUGAGGACCUUGGUGACCGCACAGGAUGGUCUCGACUUGGUGACAUACUUAUUAAAGUGGGCGAACCUGCAAAAGCAGAACAACUUUAUCAAAUUCUCCUCGCAAAGGCGUCUUCUGAUCAAGAUCGAGCAGAAUACAAUCAUCAACUUGGCUGGGUAUAUGAUGACAUGGGAGAGUAUUCAACAGCACUUUUAUAUUACGCAAAAUCACUGGAUAUCUACAAGAAAAUUCUCUCUCCAAAUGAUCUCAGCUUGGCUUCUUCCUACAACAACAUCGGUACUGUAUAUGCCAAAAUGGGCGAGUACUCGAAAGCACUUUCAUCGUAUCAACGAUCACUUGAAAUCCGAAAAUUAGAAGCUGUUGGAGAUACAGUAGAACCAUUUCAUUUUAUUUUACAUCCAAAAGAUGAACAAAGUUUAACUCGUGAAAACCAAGAUAAAGGAAAAGAAUUAUAUUCACUUUUAGUUCACCAUGAAAUUAUUCAAGGAGAUACAAUAAGAAAAAUAUUUCGAAAUAAUUCACAAGAACGAGAUAAAAUAGAAAAGAUAAUUCGAAAUGAUCUUGAUCCUUCGAUUGCCGAUCCAUUAAUUAGUUUAUUAAAUAGUAAAUCUUAUUUUGAAAAAAAAGAUUUCGACGAUAUUGUUUGUUAUAGUGAAGAAUUAUGGCAAACUUUAAAUAUAAAUAGAAUAGAAAAAGAAUUACCACGGAUAUAUGAAAAUGUUUGGAAAGAUUUAGAAGAUAAAAUAGAUCCACAACAAUCUGGUGGACUUGCCAAAUAUAAAUAUGGAGAUAUUAAAAGAAAUAUUGAAAGAAUUUUAAAUAAAAUUUUAAAAAGUAUUCAAUUUGAAAAUGAUAAAGAAUUAAUUUUGUCGAAAAUUUUGUCUUUACAAGGAGAUACUUGUUCAUUUAAAAAAAGUUUAAAAGCUAAUUUAAAAGAUUUUAUAGAUCUUCAAGAUCAAGAAAAUGUUCCAAAAGAUAAAUCUUGGUGGGAUUGGAAUGCUUUUGCCGUUGCAAUGAUAGGACUUGUUCAAGUCAUUACCGAAGCUGUUUUAGUAGCCUUUGGUUUGACUCAGAUAGGCAAUGCUUUAAUUAGUGAAGGUGUUUCUAAUAUGGCAGAAUUAUCAGGUACUUUUAGUUGGAAAGAAUGGGCAAUACAAAAAGCAAUUAGCUUCGGUCUCUCUAUGUUGACUGUUGGAAUUGGAAAGUUUUUGAUGGAUAAAAUUAUGGAACAGAUUCAAGAAAAUGUUAUACAAAAGAUUGUUAGUAAAAUAGAAGAGAAUUUAUUAAAAGGAGUAAUUGGUUUAAUAAAUAAUAAAAUAGAAACUCUUUAUCUUCAAAAAAAAACAUUAGGAAAAGAUAUUUUAUUACCUCAACAAUUUGAUAAUAUUCGAACACGAGUUGUAUCUUCUUUAAGAAAUAGUUAUCAUGUAUUUGCUGAUGGUCUAAAGAAAUCAAAUUCAAAAUACGUUAAAAUAGCUGCUACUACUCUUAAAGCAAUAGAUAUCAUUAAUAAUUAUUUGAGAGAAGCAAAAGAUAAAGAUAGAGCUUUAGGUCUAGCUGAUAUAAAAAUGUUAGCAGAUCGUAAAAGAAGAAAAAUAACUGUUUACAAUUCAGAUACUGGCGAAAAAGAAAUAAUAAAUCCUUCAGAAGUAAGAAAAAUACCUGCUCUUUUUAAACAAUCUGCUAAAAUCUAUUAUGAAGCAGAUGAAAAUGGAGAUAUUGGACAUUAUUUUACUGGUUGA